AUGUUGCUGUCUGCAAAGAAGAGCUAUGGGGCUCCUACAGACUUUGGAUUCUGUCUCAAGCCUAACAAGACAGGAGGAACCAAGGAAAUGAAACUACUGUGUGCAGAGACUGAAGAGAGUAAGAUCUGCUGGCUGACAGCAAUUAGGUUAUACAAGAAUGGAAAACAGAUUUAUCAAAAUUACUUAAGACCACAACAAAAAUGUGAUGCAAGCAUUCAGAAUCUUGCGGCUACGAGAAGCAUAUCUGAAAACUCCCUUGUGGCGAUGGAUUUUUCUGGUCAUAAAAGCAGAGUCAUAGAAAAUCCCACAGAAGCAUUGUCCAUUGCACUUCAGGAAGGGUUGUUAUGGCGGAGGAAAAGCAGUGGUAGGAUCAAUUUGCACGGAAUCAAUACAAGUUCUCAGAAUUCUGCAAUGAAUUUAGCAGUCCACAUGUCACAGCCAUGGUUCCACCAUAAAAUAUCAAGAGAUGAAGCUCAAAAACUCAUACACCAACAAGGACUUGUGAAUGGAGUAUUUUUGCUCCGUGACAGCCAAAGUGCACCGAAAUCAUUUGUUCUUUCUAUGUGUCAUGGGCAGAAGAUAAAGCAUUUUCAGAUUUCACCAAUAGAAGAUGGAGGAGAGCUGUACUACACAUUAGAUGAAGGACACACAAGAUUUACAGAUUUGACACAACUUGUUGAAUUUCAUCAGCUGAAUAAGGGAAUAUUGCCUUGCACGCUGAAACACUACUGUACCCGUGUUACAGUUUGA